GUAAACGGGUUGCACGCCUGCUGGAUACUGAAUAGUUCAGAAUACGUAAUACAAGCAGUCCUGCUGUGCUGCUUUGCUCUGUUAAGAAGUGCGUCUCGAAAACUAAAGUCGUCCCAUUUUUUACAAUCCUGAUAAUUGAGCGACAUACAUGUAGCAUGUACCUAUGUGUAAAUUUAGUCGAUGUGUAACUUGCUGCUAUACGUGUCGUCUUAUGGUCUUUAUCUAUAUUGGCAAUCAAUCUUUAUCCUGAAUAGGAAUCUUGUCAGAUUAUUGCUCCGAGAAUAAGAUUAUAUAAAGGACACUGUUUUGCCGGGAGCCAACAGCAACAUACCUUCAGUUCCACGUCUGAUCACGUCGCGAGCGAGAGAACAUGGCGCAUCUCAUUGCCAGCAGCAUGCAGCGACCUGUUGCCGAAAAUUUUGUUUCAGCAUGCUGCUUAUCAAAUUCGCAUCGAUUUUCUUAUUCGCCUGCAUUUUGUUUUUUAUCAAGCGCAGUAAGAAGUGCGUAUCUAAGUGUAUUUCUACUUGUUUGCGUUUUACCGUUCGAUCCACAAAAAACAACUGUUGUAGCUUGUUUUUUUUUUACGUUGAAAAGGCGCUUAACUGAAUUCUCGAUGUAUUACUGCAGUUAUUAUAGACGUCGUGUUUAGUACCUUAAUUACAGUUAUCCGUCCAAAUCUUUUUGAAUGAAAAAAAAUAAAAUCCAAAGAAAAACUAACAAAGAAUAACAAAAAAGAAAGAAAGAAAGAAACUAUUACUAACACGAAACACAAUUUCAUUUUUUUUUCAAGGUCUUCACUUUUAAAAAGAUGUGCGGUUUCGCCAUGUGAGAGCCUCAAUGCUGAUAGGUUACAAAUAAAAGCCGCGGUGAGCAUUGUUUACUUACUUCCUGAUUCACGUCACCUGCUCUCUCUACAUAUUCUAUUCCCUCCCUGUACAGCAUAGGCCUUAUGCUGGGGACUAUAUCGCUCCAGGUGGAAUCCCCUCACCCAUCCGCUGAUCGCCUUGUUCUUCGGGACAAUCAGCGUUUAUUUCAAAGGUGUAUACUAAGGCGUCGCGGGAAUUUCAUCUCCUCAUCGUAUGGCGUCACCUACUUAAACGACCGAUGGUCUCUCAGCCCUAGUCAGUGCCCAACUGCAGGCAGUUCGUGGUGCAACAUCGCAUUCGUUUCCUGGUGGAGGUAGGCGAAACUUAUUAACCUACUACCACUGGUUCAACACUUCCAUUGACCACCAAACCUACUGAUGUGUGUUAAAGUGUCUACCAUGAAGGUGCUGAUUAUUGCGCCAAUGUUGAUGGCGGUCACAAUUUUCUCCUUGGCUGAAGCGACUCCGCGUCGAGAAGUGCUUGACAGAAUUAUACCGAUUUCCAGAGAAGAUUGGGCCUUGUUGAACCCUUACGGCUCAGAUCCCAGUGCCUAUCCAGCCGAAGAGCGAGCCAACAUUGAAAGAAUUCAAGAACAAUGGGAGCGCUUUUUCGAUUUUUUACCGUGGCUUAAAGGUCCUCCAGGCCCUCCUGGCCCUCCUGGCCCCCCUGGACCGGCUAUUGUAAGAGGAGUUGGAAGAGACGGUGAAUAUGCUGAAGAAGGCAGAUAUGGAGGUGGCGGAGGAGGUUACCGAGGAGGUGGUGGUGGUGGAGGAGGAGGAGGCUAUGGUGGAGAUCGCUAUGAGAAGCCAAAAUACAUUCCCGGUCCUCCUGGCCCACCUGGCCAACCUGGUCCCGCUGGUUACAAGGGAGAUACUGGAGCUCCGGGGUAUCCUGGUGCCAUUGGAGCUCCGGGGUAUCCUGGUAAAAAUGGAGGUCCCGGUCCGCAAGGCGAAAGAGGCCUUGCAGGAAAACCAGGCUAUGAUGGAAUUCCUGGAAAACAGGGAGUUCCUGGAGAAAGAGGUUAUCCGGGUAAAGCUGGACCUCCCGGUUUGGCUGGAGUACCAGGCUACAACGGAAAGGAUGGCUUUCCUGGUCUACCUGGAUCUAAAGGAGAACCUGGAUACAAUGGACGACCUGGCAAAGACGGACUCCCCGGGCCUGUUGGUCCUCCCGGUUAUGCUGGAUCUCCGGGAAAAGAUGGAUAUCCAGGAGCUAACGGCGUGCCAGGACCAAAGGGAUCGAUCGGACCUGUUGGGCCAGUGGGAUAUCCCGGCAAAGAGGGACCUCCAGGUUAUCCUGGGAAACCGGGGCUCAAAGGGGAUGCUGGCUACAAUGGACUUCCGGGUAAAGAUGGAUAUCCGGGAGCUCCCAGUAAAGUUCCCGGGCCAAGAGGUCCCCAAGGAAAAGAUGGUUUACCAGGAAUUGUCGGCCCUAUUGGACCUCCUGGUUAUACGGGAGCACCUGGGUCACCCGGUAAACCAGGAAAAGAUGGCUUAAUAGGACCCCCUGGUACUCCUGGUUACCCCGGAGAACCUGGACAAAUCGGACCUCAAGGAAAAUCUGGGACACCCGGCCAUCCCGGAAAUCCAGGACGCCCUGGUCAAAUAGGACCUAUUGGGCCAGUUGGAGGAGUAGGUGCGCAAGGAAAGCCCGGCCCUCCAGGUUAUCCUGGUGUGCCUGGUCCUGAAGGACAAUCAGGACCUCGAGGGAAACCCGGUGCUGAUGGCUAUCCCGGGCCACCAGGAUCACCAGGACCUUCAUAUUCUCCUCCCCCAAAAUACGAGAAACCUUCCUAUGAGCCACAGAGUUACAGUACUGGUGGAGGAUCAGGAUAUUCGUCACAAAAUUACAGAUCACAGCAGAAAGAACCAAGAGUUACGAAUCUCCACGAAGUCAAGUCAAACAAGGCCUCGUCUGCCGUCGAUUUAAGCUUCUUAUCUGCUCCCACGUUAACUAGCCUUUGGAAUUAAUUAACGGAUUUUCGUUUGUGUUUUUAAGUCCCUGUUUAAGUCGGAUGGCUCGUUGAUCAAGUCCUUUGGCCUUUCUCAUCUGUUAUUAAGAGUUCGAAAUUGUUCCCAUCAUUGAGUAAUUUUUUAAAAUUUGUUUGAACCACUCUUGAUUGAAAAACCAUUUAAGAGUAAGAUAAAGUAUUUAUAUAUGUAUUUAUAGAAUGCCCCAAAAAAACUCACUACUUUGUUAUUUUAAUGUUAUUUAUUGGUCGUUGCGAAUACUAAAUCUAUUUAUUUGAUUCUGCCAAAAUGAAAA